GGUAAGUACUUUGGAGGCCAUCGGAUGUGGAUGUGAAAGGGUUCUGAAAGGGUAGUAAAUACUUUAGUGUGUGUCUCCUGUGCCUUUGGGUCCACAACUUGGCUCAAGCUGUUCCUGUCACCUGUGCGCUCAUGCGAGCGACUCCCGCCAUGCUGAGGACCUGGCUAGUCCUGGCCCUGGCCCCGGUGUGUGCCAGCGACUGCACAGGUGUGCAUUGUGAAGUGGAUGCAGCCGAUGCAGCAGGGCUUCUUCAGGGAACACCGAGACGGCAGGCAGCCCUGCAACAAGAGUCUCACAGAAGUCCGAAUUUUGGGCCCAAUGUGAUUGUGAUCGAGCCCGGAGAGACGCCCGUUGAAUUGCAAGCAAAAUUGCUUGAGCUGUAUAACGCUUACAUUAGCUGGGACGAGCCUGGCCAGUUCGGCAAUCACCGAACGGCUGUGUUCUUAAAGCCUGGCGUGCACCAGGUGGAUAUUUUGCUGCCUUACUAUUUCCAAGUCCUGGGCCUUGGGGCCUCACCCUUGGAUACCAUCGCAAAGCCUGGGCCUGACGGCAUCGGCUUGGAAGUGGGGCAACAGCCAGGCGGUCUACCAAACACGAACACCUUUUGGCGUAGCAUCGAGAACGUGGACAUCCCACAAAACUUGGAUUUCUUCGUUUCGCAGGCGGCACCACUGCGGAAGGUGAGAGUUCAAGGCAAUCUUGCACUGAGUGGUGGUGGCACUGACUAUACCUCCGGAGGCUGUUUGGCCAACUCAGAGAUCUGGGGCGCGAUCCUCACCGGUACGCAGCAGCAGUGGUACACCCGGGGCACGAAGAUGCAGCCCUAUGACCAUCCAGCAGGUCUUGGCAGCUAUGCUGCAGUCGGCUGUGUCUCGCCUUCAGGCAGUCCUUUCCCACCGAGUUACAACGUGGGGGAGGGGGAGCACAAGCCAUGGCAGACCGGGCACUCUGGAGCCACGUACACGGAAGCACCAUCGGUGUUCGCUGAAAAGCCGUUCAUCAUGAUUGAAGAGGAUGAGUACAAGCUUCGCAUUCCAGAGGUCUUAACUGACCAUGCAGGGCCAGAUUGGCAGACUGGGAGUACGGUGGGGUUCGACAAGGUGUUUGUCACCAAUGCGAAUACCACAGCCAGCGAUAUCAACCACGCAAUCAACACAAAAGGUCAUCAUGUUGUCAUUACUCCGGGCGUCUAUGAAUUGGAGGAGCCAAUUGUCAUCAACCGUUCAAACAUUGUGGUCCUGGGUUUGGGCUUUGCGACGCUGGUGCCCAAGAAACUGGACAUUUUCGAAGGCAAAGCAGUGAUUGAGGUGGGCGCAGUGGACGGAGUGCGUUUGGCCAGUGUCUUUGUGCAGGCUGGACCUCAAAAUUCGUCCAACUACACCAAAGCUGUGAAGGCUCUCGUGAGGUGGGGCACUCCCGAUGCGCCUUACGCGGGAAAGAAGGAGAAUCCAGGCUUCAUGUAUGACUUCGUGGCCAGGGUCGGAGGUCCUGAUGAUGUCCCGGCAGGUGUCGGCACCAUGUUGGAAGUAAACAAUGGUUGGGUGAUCACCGACAACACCUGGCUGUGGCAAGCCGAUCAUUGCAAGCAGAACUCAGGCGCUCUUUGUAUACCACAGCGCUAUUCAAACCACUGCUUGGUGGUCAACGGCGACGAUGUGCACAUGUACGGAUUGAUGGCGGAGCACUCCAACAAAGACAUAGUCGUUUGGAAUGGCGAAAGAGGUAAGACCUACUUCUAUCAGAGUGAGUUCAAGUACACAAUGGGAGUACUCAGUGAACCAGAUACCUGGCAGAUUGUCCCCCACUCCGAGACUUGGCGGAAGCAGUGCACAUGCUCAUGCCCCCAUGCUCUAAGUCAAUAGGAGUAUAUAACAAGAGUCCACUACUUAAAGAAGGCCACGAAGGUGGAAGACUGAUCAUGAAUGGAAGUUUCACCAGAGUUGCAGCAAGCGGAAGCUCCAAGCUGGACUGAACAGCAUGCACGACCCGCACGGUUUUCACGUCAUACCCAGGUCAGUUACAAUGUCACUGCCGUAGAUCAUGUGGCGUUAGCAAUGGGAAUUUAUGUGUUUUGGCUAUCCUUGGCAUUUCUGGGUGGCACUUAGACUUAGUCAGAGAAUGCUACCAAUGCUCGCCCCAAGGAUUUUCUUGCAGCUCGUUUCCUGAGCACCAGACUUUCUACACAAGUGGUACCUGCUGUUUCGUUGCAACCCUAUGCUGUUAACACACCAGUAUCUUAAAUGUUACGUGUUUGCCAUGUUUGGGAUCCAAGGCGACAUUGACUCUGACAUAGAAUUGGUUUUGAUCCAUAAGGAUUGACACGGUGUGAUUAAUACGGUUGCAUCAUGGUUGCAAGACGAAACCGCAUUCCACACAUUUGAGUACAGGGUGGUUUCAAGAAGUGUAGAGACCUGUUCCUGUCCAGUGUUCUUCUUCCGAUGUGUCUAGAUGCUCUUCAUUGCUUUUGCAUUCUCGUCUUAAUCAUGUUUGUACAGCUCCUGCGUGUUUGUUGGCACAUGACCUCCCAAACGAUCCUCCAAAUGUGUUGGUAGAAUAAGUAUGACCAAAUUGCCAAUCACUUUCAUGAUACU